AUGUCGGCGUCGGUCUCGCUGCGCAAGAGACGGUCUGUCGCAUCGCGGCCCAUAACAAAUCGACCGCAAACGAUCACAGGACAACAGAACAAAGCACUCAACGAGGAGCAGGAGCGCGAACGACAAGCCAAGGAACUCGAUGCGCGUCGUCGUCGUGCUCGUCGUCGACUGGAUGAGCUCGAACGUAUCAACUACCGCGACGCGCCCACCGCUUCGUCUUCCUCCGCACCGAUUGCAUCCACCUCCUCACUAGAUUCACCAACACCUGUCGCUUCAGACGCUGCAACAACAACAGGAGGAGAAGCAGACACCACCUCAGGCUCAGCAACGUCCGGAGUGAGUCUAGCUCAAAGGAGGAGGAAUCAAGCCGAACUGAAACGGAUUCUCGCCAGCGGCCGAAGAAAUCUUCAUUCCAUGGUUGAAGAGCUGAUCGAUCAGGGCAGAUUGCCGCUGCUAGGCGGUAAGACAGGAGGCAAUUGGAGAAGCGCCAGAUCAGCACCAUCCCAGAAACCAGGCCGGAAGUACUGCAGCAUAUGCGGAUAUCACGGCGAUCUGGCUUGCAUCCGCUGCGGUCAUCGAUACUGCUCAAGACGGUGUCGUGAUGUACACGACGAAACGCGUUGCGAACGACCGCUACGCUGA